AAACCAGCAGACCCUUCAGGAGUUGCUGGGCUAGGCACUGCUGUAACAACUUCAAGCAAGAAGAUUCUUACCGUAUUGGCCCGAAGCUCGUCCACACGAGCAAGACCGCAGGCAAUUAGUUUCAGAAUUCAUGAGACAUCGUUGCCACUUCAUUGACCAUCCCUCACCGAUCUGUUCGCGUCAGAAUCCCCACGUCGCUGAUGAGUGUGCGACACUUUUUUCCUAGUAGUUCAGUCCUACAAGAAUCUUUCUUUCAUAUUCUUGUCACGCUUCGUCACUAGGCUAACGGCCACAACCUCACUCUGUUACCGCUCGCGUUUAUCCGUUUCCGUUGCUGGAAAAUAGUCAGGACCAGUAACCUACGUGGUGAGACUCUCACCAGACGAGCUAGCUAUAGUCCGGUGAAUUGGGACCUCAAAAGCAUUCGGGCAGUCAGAUGUUUCUCUGCAAGGAACCUGGAGAUCCCCGAUAGCCGCAGUCACGCGGUGCAUCAGCUAGCCGCUGCCGCGCGAUGUUUCCCUCCACUUCCCCCAUGACGGAGGACGCAGGGAUCACACCCAACGAGGAGUUUAAGUCCACGCAUACGUUACAUGGGUCCGUCGCCGCGGCGUUUGGAAUCCCGGAGGGUAACGAUAGACGAGGCGGGGUGGGAGCUCAUGGGGGUGGCGAGGGGAGCGGGUUGCGCGGCGGCGGGGAAGGCGACGAGUGGGUGUGGGCGGAGCAUGGGGGUGACGGAAUCGAGGGCGCAGGCAGUUGGGCGGACGUGUGGGCUCUGAUCGAUGGGUCGGGGGGGGUAAUGGGGCACGUCAAGGCGGACAGUGAGAGCACCGCGGCGGCAACUGCAGAAGCGGCGUUUGGAGGUUCCAGGGAGCAUCUUUCCGAGGCAGCAGCGGCGGAGCAGAUUCCUUUCAGCAUGAAAGCGCCGGGAUUCGAUGCCAUGGAGCGGGUGGUGUCUUGGUCGGAUCUCAUAGCCAGUUUCAACGCCGUUAGGCCGGACGGACCAGAGGGGCCGCCCACGAACACCGGGCUCUCUGCGGCGGAGCAAGCGGCAGAUGCCUCAGGCCGGGUUGGACCCAAUGACGGUUCCGCAAAUGUCGCCGCCGCGACGGGAGUGCCAGCGGGAAUUGCGGAGGAGCAGGUGUGCGGGGAGUUUGGCUGGUGGGCGAACGGCGUUUGCCGCAUGGACGUUGCAACGGCUGCUGUGGCGGCCGAGCAGGAGACGCCGACAGAGACGCAGGGGACAGUCGCAGGUGGCGGUGGUACCGCUGUAGUUCCUGCGACCACGCAGUGUAGAAUCAGCCGCGACGGCGGAGGAACAGCGGGGGAGCUGCGAUGGUCAGCGGGGGAGCCUGCUGGGCACAGCGCAGCGGGCAGCCACAGCGCCAUUGCCGUCGCGCCCUCCACGCCCAGCCCCCCCACCCUCCCCGACCUCGCCUCUUCCACCACCACUGGCGGCACCGCCACUCCUUCCUCGCAGCGGUGCGCCGCGCCGUGGGGAAGGGCAGAGGGGAGGGCGAGAGAUCGGGAGGUUGGGGGAAGAGGCGGGGCGGGCGGAGGACGAGAGCGCGAGACGGCUGGGUGCGGCGUGGAAGACAGCGGAAGAGAAAGGGGAACGCGGGCAGGCGCGGAAGCACUAGUAGGAGUAGUUGGGGGGUUUAGGGAUGUUGCGCCUAAAGGCGCAGACGAUCCGUGCGCGAUGGAGACGGCGACGGGCGAAGUGCAAGGUCCCGGGGGAGAGGGGAGGGACGCGCGGAGCGCGGAGUGUAGGCGAGCGGGGCUCGGGGAUCGCGAUAGCGACGCGCGUCCGCACAUGCAGCAGGCGCUCGCAGCGGGGAAGGCUAGCUCGCUGGAAGAAGCAGAGGAGGGGACGGGGAUGGGCGAGAGGAAAGGGGAGGAGGGGGAGGAGGUGGAGGAGGAGGAGGAGGAGGAGGAGGAGGAGGAGGAGGAGGAGGAGGAGCAGGAGGAGGAGGGGGGAGGGAGUUUAGAGCGGAGAGCGGGGCGGAUGCGGACGUGGACUGCUUGGAAAUGGACGUCGCCCAUGGUCAUCGACUGCAGCACAGCAGGCGAGGCGGCGCCCACAUUCACGGUGCUGCACGCACGCGGUGCAUGUGCGGAUGAACAUGCCCUGGCGCGGCAAGAGCAGGCGGAGAAGGCGGAGCAGGCGGAGCAGAAGGAGCAGAGCGAGGUAGUGGACGGCCAGCCCCAUGCGCCGUUCCUGCCCGCGCCUGCUCUCCCCUCGCCGCCCACCCACACGCGCUUCUCUCCGCGCCUCGCCUACCCAUUCCCGCACGCCAUGCGCCCACUGAACCUCAAACUGCCGCCUCUCCACCACACCGCCCCCGCCCUACCCGCCUCGCGGUCCUCCUGCCGGCCGCCCUCGUCCCCAUCCGCCCCUCGUGUCGCCGGCCUCGCUCGAACCAUCUCUGCCUCCUUCCCCACCGCCGCCGCCGCCACCACCUCUUCCUCCCUCUCCCCGCGCUCCCUCUCGCACCACUUUCUUGGUUCUCACGUGCGUUCUCCUCACUCCCCCGCGCCCCCGCCCCACACACCAGCAGCGGCAAGGGCUCCUCCAGCAGGCGAUGGGGGCGAGGGCGAGAGCGGGCGGGCGCAGGCAGCGCUGCUGCCCAAGAAGCGGUCCCUGUCGUGGGCGGGGGGGGAGGUGAGAGGCGCGUGGGAGAUGGAGAGCACCACGGCCACAGCCCUCCGUGCGCACGAGCCUCUCACCCCCGCGCACCCUGCUGGAAUCAGCCGCAACGGCUCUCCUCCGCUUGCCACCCUUUCCAAUGGCAAUCCGCCUCCAGGUGUUGCAGCAGCGGGUGCGGCGCUUGAAAGCACCUGCGCUGUGGAUGUUGCUGGUGGGGCGCUGAAAACGGCUGGCAGCAGCAUGAAGAGUAGUGGCGAGGGGCAGCGCAGGGACGACGGCAGUAGCAGGCCUGCUCAGCUGUGGAGUAGAGGGCUGCAGCGCCUCGCAAGGCUGCAGCUGCAGCACCGCGUGCUGCUGAUGAAGCAGCAGCAGGCCGUGCAGCAGCGGCAAGGGGCGGAUGCGUGCAUGGACCGCACGCUGCAGCAGGCGCAGCCACAGCAGGAGACGAAGGUUCAGGUAGUGAGACAGGAAUCACAGACAGGGGUGCAGCAGGAGGUGAAUGGUGAUGCGGCGAAUGAGGCAAAACGGAAGGAGCGCUUGGAGCUAGCUCUUCAGAUCAAACAGGCGUGGACGGAGCAGCAGCACCAGCAGCAGGCAGGGUACAGAGCACAGGUGGUAAGCAGCAGUGAUGCUUUGGGGUUGGGUGCUGCUGCAACCCCUGCUGCUGACCCACACGCCUUCAUUCCCACUCUCGCUCAAGCCACUCCCAUGGAGCAGCAAGUCGGGGCGAAUGGAGAGUGGGAGUCACUGGUGGAGAGCAUGCUGCUGCGCCACAAAAGCACCCAACGGACCAGCACCUCUAAUCUGCCGUUUGCCGCGGGGGCAAGGAGGGCCAUUCUGAACGCGGUGCUGUACGGUACAGGCUAUGCAGGGCGCGCAGCAUUGGGAAUGGAGCAGCAUGGCAUGGUGCCUGGGACUCUACCGGCAGCCUCUGUAGCGGCAUGUGGCACGUCGGGUGUAGAUGGAGUGGUUGCUGCGCCAGGGGCGGCCACAUCUGCAGCAGCAGGUGUGAGGUCUCAAGCUGUUGCAGCCCUGGAAGCUCCGACCACGAACGGGGGGCGGCAAGGGGAGAGCACCGCCCAUGUGCCGCGCUUCCCCCCAAAACCCCUGUGCCUCGUCUCCCCUCGCUUCCACACUCCCUCCUCACAUUCCCCUCUCAUCUCCCCACUCUCCUACACGCCGAGAGGGAGGCCGGGCAGCGGUGGGUGGGGCGGCAGUGGGGGCGACGGAGAGGGAGGAAGGCAUGGGCGGUGGGAGGUGGAGCGGACAGGGGGGUCGCCUGGGGACGCAGCAAGGCAGGCGAAGAUGGCGGUGGCGGCUCAGCAGGACAGGCUGCACGGGGGGGGUCCACACGGGGACGGCGACAGAGGGAGGUCCGGCGCGUGGCCCGGGUGGCAGGGCGCUGGGGCACAGGGAGCGAGGCGCGGGAAGCAGGACAAUUCACUGGGCAGCGCUGUGAGUGGUGGUGGCGAGGGGGGGAGAGGCGUGGUGACGGAGGGCAGAGAGGGUGCGUGGGGAGAGACACUGGGCUCAGGGGAAGCUGUGGUGGGUGCUAUGGCGUGCUCUGGUCGUGUGCGGAGUGCUCCACUGAGCCGGCAGAGCAGCUGGGGCUGUAGUGGCGGCAGAGCUAGCGCUGCUGUGAUCGGAUCUUCUCCCUCUCCCAAGGAAGCCCAUGCCGGCUUCGACCCCUUCCCCGUGCGCCACGCGUUACGCCAUUCUGCUACUGCAGGUGCCGCUGGCAUUCAGGGCGGCAGGGUGCUGGCUCGAGUGCAGUCGCUGGCAGCAGGGGGGGGAGCAGCAGAGGCAGCAAGCACGGCAGUCAAGGCAGGGCGUGGGGGAGAUGUGGGGAUAGGAAAGUGUGCACCAGCGUCAGCACCAGCGUUAGCAGCAGCAGCAUUGUCUUCAGUGUCCGCUGCAGCAUACUCCAUCCAGUCGUCUGGGCUGCUAGCACAGCACAUGCAGCGACAGCAGCGGCGGCAGCAGCAGAUGGAGCUGAUGGGGCAGAUGGGGCACGUGGGGCAGAUGGGGCAGAUGGGGCAGGAGCACAUGGGUGGAGUGCAGGGGAAGAGGCACAUGGCGGAAGGGGUGCACGCGGCUGGCAAGUACAGAGCGUUGGGGGACACUGGAGGGUGGGGUUGUGAGGAGGACAAGGGGCAGUCCAAGGAGAAAUCUCUUCUUGAGGCGCAGCUGGAGGAGCUCAUGAGCGAGGCCCACAGCACCUCUGCCCACGCUCUCUCCUGUGCCCCCUCCACGGCGCCUGCCCCACACGUGCUCUCCUCCGCUGCCAUCUCGCUGCUGCUCAACAACGCCCUCGCGCCCCUGCCUGGGCCUGCCACCACACCUUCGUCCCAGGCCCCCACCAUGCACGGGGCCACUGUGCCACCAGCACAGGGGGGCCGCCCGUGACUCGUGACUGCCAUUUGCAGUCGCCGCAGGGACAUGCAGCAGCAACAUCCCUGAGAGUGCCGCACGCGCUUUCCUUCUGCAGCGAAGGAGUGAAGGGGCUGGACACACACGAGCUAAGAUGUUUUGAAGCAUGGUGGCAAGGCAAGGCAUGGCCGCUGCUACCGAGGGCUUUUGCACAUGCAAAGUGAGCAUGGCUGCUACAUUGCAGCAGGUUGUGUAUUUAUUCGAUUGUUGAGAGGCAGCCAUGGUAUUUAUUCUGUGCUGCGCACCGGCUGUGUUGCUCCAGAUGACACGGAUGAGAAAACGUGAGCCACUGAUUGCAGGGGGCGAUGAGUUGAUGCGACAAGAGCACUUUGUUUGUUACAUGUUUGUCAAGUAAUGAGUGUCAACUUAUACAUAUUAGCUAUGUAAAAGUUAUAGGCUAGAUUCAGGUAUG